CUCUCUCGUAAACCGCCAAAAAAAACUGUAUUCAAAUCUAAAAACUCAGAUUCAAACCCCAUUUAUUUCCGUUUGAUUGUCAAGAGAGAGAGGGAGAAGAAGGUAAACGAUGGAUAAAUUCGUAGACAACUUGUCUCCAAUGGAUCUGAUGCGGUCGGAGAAAAUGACGCUUGUUCAACUCAUUAUUCCUGUCGAGUCCGCUCACCGAGCCGUUUCUUAUCUUGGUGAACUCGGUCUCCUCCAGCUCCGAGAUCUAAACGCUGAGAAAAGUCCUUUCCAAAGAGCAUUUGUUAAUCAGGUGAAGCGUUGUGGAGAAAUGUCAAGGAAACUACGGUUUUUCAAAGACCAAAUUGUUAAAGCUGGCCUACAAUCCUCAAUACACCCUGUUGUGGAGCCGGAUGUGGAAUUGGAGGAAUUAGAGAUACUACUUGCCGAGCAUGAAAAUGAGCUAAUUGAAAUGAACUCCAACAGUGAAAAACUUCGACAAACAUACAAUGAGCUCCUGGAGUUCAAGAUAGUUUUGCUAAAGGCAGGUAGUUUUCUUGUGUCUGGUAAUAACUAUGCUGUUGCCGAGGAAAGGGAAUUAACUGAGAAUGUGCACUCUAAUCAUAGUUAUGACGAGGCAUCAUCAUUAAUUGAACAGGAAAUGAGGACUGCAGACCAAUCUGGGUUAAGAUUCAUCAGCGGGAUUAUUUGUAAAUCCAAGGCUCUAAGAUUUGAGAGGAUGUUAUUUCGUGCUACCAGAGGUAAUAUGCUUUUCAAUCAGGCACCGGCUGGUGAAGAAAUCAUGGAUCCUUUAUCAGCUGAAAAGGUAGAGAAAACAGUGUUUGUAGUUUUUUUCUCCGGAGAACAGGCAAGAACAAAGAUUUUGAAAAUUUGUGAAGCAUUUGGUGCUAAUUGCUAUCCUGUUCCUGAUGACUUCAGUAAACAAAGGAAAAUAAUUAGAGAAGUCUUGUCACGCCUUUCUGAAUUAGAGGUCACAUUGGAUGCCAGUAUUCGCCAUCAAAAUAAAGUUCUGACUUCAAUUGGAUACCAUCUAACACAAUGGAUGAGCAUGGUACGAAGGGAGAAAGCUGUGUUUGAUACAUUGAAUAUGUUGAAUUUUGAUGUUACAAAGAAAUGUCUUGUUGGGGAGGGAUGGUGCCCUAUAUUUGCACAACCUAAGGUUCAAGAAGCACUGCAACGGGCAACAGUUGAUAGCAAUUCACAAGUUGGUAUAAUUUUUCAUGUGAUGGAUGCUGUAGAAUCACCUCCUACAUUUUUCAGAACCAACCAUUUCACAAAUGCAUAUCAGGAGAUUGUUGAUGCAUAUGGUGUUGCUAGAUAUCAGGAGGCAAAUCCUGCAGUAUACACUGUUAUUACUUUUCCAUUUCUUUUUGCGGUGAUGUUUGGCGAUUGGGGCCAUGGAAUAUGCUUGCUAUUAGGAGCAUUGGUCCUCAUAGCUCGAGAAAGCCGACUCAGUGCUCAGAAACUUGGAAGCUUUAUGGAGAUGCUAUUUGGGGGGCGUUACGUACUCCUUUUAAUGUCACUUUUUUCAAUUUAUUGUGGGUUGAUUUACAAUGAAUUCUUCUCUGUUCCCUUCUACAUAUUUGGUGGUUCUGCUUACAAGUGCCGAGAUGCAACCUGCAGUGGUGCACACUCUGUCGGUUUAAUCAAAUUUCGAGAUCCAUACCCAUUUGGUCUGGAUCCAAGUUGGCGUGGAAGUCGUUCAGAGUUGCCUUUUCUUAACUCUCUUAAAAUGAAGAUGUCAAUUUUGCUGGGUGUGGCCCAGAUGAACCUAGGAAUCAUAUUAAGUUAUUUCAAUGCACGCUUUUUUCACAACUCCCUGGAUAUUAGGUAUCAGUUUGUACCACAGAUUAUAUUUCUCAACUCCCUUUUUGGUUAUCUUUCGCUUCUCAUUAUAAUCAAGUGGUGCACUGGCUCUCAAGCGGACCUUUAUCAUGUGAUGAUCUAUAUGUUUUUGAGUCCCACUGAUGAUCUUGGUGAUAAUGAGUUGUUUUGGGGCCAGAGACCACUUCAGAUUGUGUUGCUACUUUUGGCAUUAGUUGCAGUUCCGUGGAUGCUUUUUCCUAAACCUUUUAUUUUGAAGAAGCUUCAUUCCGAGAGAUUUCAAGGUCGCAACUAUGGCAUGCUUAUCUCCGAGUCUGAUCCUGAUGUGGAACCUGAUUCUGCACGGGAACAUCAUGAGGAGUUCAACUUUAGUGAGGUUUUUGUGCACCAAAUGAUACAUUCCAUUGAGUUUGUUCUAGGUGCUGUCUCGAACACUGCAUCAUAUCUUCGGCUUUGGGCUUUAAGCUUGGCACACUCUGAAUUAUCGACAGUUUUCUACGAGAAAGUCCUACAACUUUCCUGGAGGUAUGACAACAUCGCGAUUCGAUUAAUUGGGCUAGCAGUUUUUGCCUUUGCAACUGCCUUCAUCCUACUCAUGAUGGAGACCCUUAGCGCUUUCCUUCACGCCUUGCGUCUACACUGGGUAGAAUUUCAAAAUAAAUUCUACCAUGGUGAUGGAUACAAGUUCAAACCUUUCUCAUUUGCCUUGAUAACGGAUGACGACGAUUAGU